GGUUGUGUGUGUUCUUCUCCUCAGCUGUCACAGGUGGUAAUGGUGAUCACUUGGUGUGUUGUCUGCCUUUAAUGGUUUGCUUCUGUUUACAGCACGGCCGUGCUCUUUAUUUUUUUCUUAUGAUUUAUCUAUUCGCUUAGACAAAUUAUAUUUUCAUGGAUUGAGCGCAUUUCUCGGGUCGAAAUGCAGCCUGCAGAAGCAGUGGCCAAAAAUAGCACCAAAGGCGGAAGCCAGGAACGAGUUUGGAAAUCUGAUUUGUAUCAACUGCAGCAGGAAGCGCCAAAGCCGCAGCCUGUUUUAUCUGUGGUUGAGAACAAGAACACGAAAUAUUUUGGCGCAGAACAUCAUGGUUCCAUUUCGCACUCGCACUCUGUAAAACUGCUCACUGAAGAUGGCAUGUACUUGGUCCGUACCAGCAGGGAUGGUCAACAGACCCUUUCCAUCAGAAUUUCUGGAGCGGUCAAGAAUUUCAAGAUCUUUUUUGAUGAAAACGACAGAACUUUCUUCGUUAAAAAUAAACGCUUCGGAACUAUUGGUGACCUGGUGGCCGAUGGACUUGUCACCAUGUACAUUGAGAACAAAGCUGGAUCUUAUUUGGAGAAAAUGUACUCGUAUGACAAUUACGAGAAAAGCCCUUACAUGACGUUAAACAGACUGAAAAUGAAAACGCUGGAGAAGACCAAAAAAAUGAAAUCAGGGAACAACAACUUUGGGGAAGAGAAGAAAAGGGACUCCUAUGAUAAAGCUCACUCCUUCAAGACGUACAACUUCAAGGGCCUCAACUGGUGCGAAUUCUGUGGGAACUUUCUCUGGGGGUUCAGCGCGCAAGGCGUUAAGUGCGAUGACUGUGGCUUCAGCGCUCACCAUAAGUGCAGUGAGAAAGUGCCUAGUGAUUGCUGUCCUGAUCUCAGUAACCUCCGCGGCAUUUUUGGAGUUGAUCUCACCACCUUAACCAAAGCGCUGAAGACUUCAAGGCCGUUUGUUGUGGACAAGUGCGUGGAGGAAAUUGAACGCCGAGGACUUGCCAAUGCCGAGGGCUUGUACAGGGUUCCAGGCUUCUCAGAUCAUGUGGAAAAUCUCAAGAUGGCAUUUGACAAAGAUGGAGAAAAGACUGAGUUAAGUCCGGUAGUAUUUGACAACGUCAAUGUGAUAGCUGGGACUCUGAAGCUUUUCCUCAGACUUCUCCCUAUUCCAAUAAUUACUUUUGAAGUUCACCCGAUGCUCUGUUCAGCUGCAGAAAAUCGGGUGCUAUCAGAGCAAGUGUCAGCCCUCAAGUUGGCAGUUAAUUGCCUUCCAGUUGCUCACUACCACACCCUGAAAUACUUGGUAGAACACUUAGCAAGGGUGGCUUCUUCUGCAGAAACAAACAAAAUGUCGGCGCACAACAUCGCGACCGUCUUUGCACCGACCUUGAUGCCGGCGUUGGAGCUACCUUCGCUUAACAGCCAGGGUGGCAUUCCUGGCAUGGACACAGAAAUCGCAGUGAUAGAGGCUAUCAUAACUAAUCAUAGCCUUAUAUUCUAGACCUCAUUAAUUAUAGAGUACUAUAAUAGAUGUACUCCAAUUAAACGCAGUAAAACUGUAUUAUCUUUAUUCCGCUGUUGAUGGAAAAAGGAGGCGAAAAGCUGGGAGCUUUAGGUCUGUUAACUGUUUCAAUUUUAAUUGAUUUUAUUAUCUAGAGCUUCAUACAUUAUAGGCAUACCACAUUCCAUAUGAAAAGCUUGAUGGUCUAAUUGUAAUUUUCUAGUAUUUAUCAUGAAGUAUUUUUGUAAAAAUAAGAAAACAUAUUUUCUUCGUUUGUUUUCUAUUAAAAAAUCUUUAUACAGAGUUGGAAAAUUUGUCAAAACUGACUUAUAUCUUUUAUACAAAUAACUAUUAGUUUUUUACGCUCUUUUUACUCUUUCCUCAACAUUUUAAAGACUGCGAUAGACAAUAGAUUCCAUGAAUAAAUUGAGAGGCAAAGUUUCUUGUUCAUCUGGUAUGCACAUUUCUGAAUUUAAAGUAAACAUGAAUGUUAUAAUUCUUAAAAUCAUUUAUUCCUGCAAGCUUGUUAAUAAAUGUGUAAACUGAACAGUUUAGUGAAUAAAUGUUUCAUUCAUAAUUUAAUGUUCUUAAUUUAACAGUUAAGUUCAUUUGGAUUUGGGGGGGGGGGGAAUUCAAAAUUCCUGUGGUUCCAAGAACCUCGAUAUAUUUUAAAAGUAAGUGCAUGUGGUCCAAACACCAUUCGACCACUUACACUCCUCGUUUCUUCAACAAGAAUUAAUACCAUUGUACACUAACUAACAAUAAGAAGAGUGCUGUGCGUGAUGGUCGAAGAUUGUACUUUCACUUUACAAAAAGAACCCCAAAAGGGCUGAAAGUUAAAAUUAUUGUUCAAUGAAAUAAUUAUAAUUAUGUACAUAUUA